AUGCAAAUCUUUGUUAAAACCCUCACGGGUAAAACCAUCACUCUCGAGGUCGAGUCCUCCGACACCAUCGACAAUGUCAAAUCUAAAAUCCAAGACAAAGAAGGUAUUCCCCCAGACCAACAACGAUUGAUCUUUGCCGGUAAACAAUUGGAAGAUGGACGAACUCUCUCAGAUUACAACAUCCAAAAAGAGUCCACCCUCCAUCUCGUCCUUCGUCUUAGAGGUGGUAUCAUUGAGCCUUCGCUCAAGGUACUUGCCAACAAGUACAACUGUGACAAACAAAUCUGCCGAAAGUGUUACGCUCGUCUCCCUCCCAGAGCUACCAACUGCCGAAAGAGAAAGUGUGGACACUCUUCUCAAAUCAGACCCAAGAAGAAGAUCAAGAACUAG